AUGACUCUUUGGCUUCAUGAACGCGAGACAUAUCUUCUUGAGCUUAUCAGACUCGAAGGACGUGGAGACUACGCUUUCAGGAAAACUUGCCAAGGGCACAAUGAAUGUGCAUCUGAGCCUGCAUAUUGCUGCCAGGACUGUUUUGGUACAGAGCUUUACUGCCAGGAGUGUACCGUGAACAAGCACCGCGAAAACCCUCUGCACAAGAUUGAGUUUUGGAAUGGUUCCUUCUUCGAGGAUACCACACUCAAGAAUCUCGGUCUCCGGGUCCAGCUCGGCCACCCAGUUGGCGAACGAUGUUUCAACCUUUCGCGGGCCUAUGACGACGAUUUCGUCAUCCUGGACAUCAAUGGCGUCCAUGAACUCGCCCUCGACUUCUGUUCAUGCGAGAGUGCACUAAGUCAUGUUAAACAACUUCUGCGAGCUCGCUGGUAUCCUGCGACCAGUGCAGACCCGAAAUCAGCAGCAACGUUCCGUCUUCUCCAACAUUUCCACAUGCUUACUUUUGAGUCUAAAGCGUCUGCCUUUGAAUAUUGGCAAACGCUUGCGCGUCUCACUGAUAAUACAGGCAUCAAGCCAUGCAAGGUAAAUUAUACAUCUGAAUGCAAGUAUGGUUCGCUAACUAUAGAUUUGACAGGAUCGUUAUGA